UCUACUUCUGAAACUCUUCUGGAAAUGUGGUCGGUCACCUCGCUUCCUUCUCAUUUCUACGAAAGCUCCAUAGACGCGUUAGCUCUCGAAAUCUUCGUCUUGGUAAAUAUCUUCACUCAUUAUAUGUACUUGUUCAUCUUCUGUUAGAUGAUGACCCAGAUAGCAAAACAUUUAGUAGUUUCGAACUUUUACAUUGCCUUGUUCUGACUUCUGAGUUUUCAGAUUUUGUUGUCUUUCUAGUUUUGGAUCCUGUACUCAUGUUGAGAGUUUCUCAGUUUUAACCAAACCCCGUUUUUGGAGUUGGGUGGUGUUGCAGACUUGUAGAAAUAAUGGAACUGGCUAUUACCGCAGUUACCACAAUUGUAGGGGCUGCUCUAGGAGCAGCGUUCCAGCAGCUCUUUGAUAGUGUUAUAAAGGCACACAAAAAAGCAACAAAGUUCAAAUCCAUCUUCAACGAGCUCAAUUUGACACUCGAGUCUUAUCAAGCAUUUGUUAAGUAUAUAGAGCAAGACAUCAAUGUUCAACCAAUGCACGGCCUAGAUGCUUUUAAAGUGAAGAUGGAGGAGGGCAUACAGCUUGUUGAAAAGUGCUCCAAUAUUCAUCCCCUGCGGUUGAAGAUGAGUUCUUUCAAAAGUCGCAAUGUGGGAAAACUUCGUGCAUUGAACAUCUCUCUUCAAACACUCUUCCGCAUACUAAAAAUGCAUGUAGAAAUCAACCUGACGGGCAAGGUGAGCAAGUUGGAGACGUCGGUCAAUCGAAUAGAUCAAAACGUGCUGGCUCAAAGACAAACAGGAAAUGAAAUUAGAGGCUGGUGCGCAGUACUUAAUCCGCCAUCGUUUACUGUUGGAUUGGAUGAGCCUUUGAACGAUUUGAAGAUGAAGUUACUAUAUAAUGAUCAACUGUCAAUGCUUGUGCUCACUGCUCCUGGAGGAUGCGGGAAAACCACUUUGGCACAGAAGUUCUGUCAAGAUAAGCAAGUCCAAGAAAAAUUCAAGAAGAAUAUUUACUUUGUCACUGUUUCGGAAAAGCCCAACGUGGAGCGUAUUGUAGAAGAAAUGUGCCAGAGCACUGGAUCCCAAGUUCCUGAAUUCCAGAAUGAAGCUAAUGCGCUAGGCUGGCUGCAAGAGUUUUUGGUAAAAGCAGGACAGAAUCCUCUGCUUUUGGUCUUGGAUGAUGUUUGGCUUGGCUCUUCAGAAUCCCUGCUUGAUAAGUGUCAUGAAUUCAAAAGGCCAAAUUACAAGAUUUUGGUGACAUCAAGAUUUCAUUUCAAAAGAUUUCGUUCUUCAUAUGAAUUAAAACCACUAAAUGAAAAAGAUGCAAUGUCCCUUUUCCGUGAUACAACAUCGUUGCAAGAUAGCGAGUAUGAUAUCCCUACAGAAUUGGUGACAAAGACUGUACAGCUCUGUAAAGGAUUUCCACUUGCCAUUACUGUGAUCGGAAAAGAUCUUUGCAACCAACCAGCAGAGAUCUGGGAAAGAAGAGUGGCAGAAUUGUCUAAAGGUUCUUCUAUUCUUGAUUGUGAGAAAUUGUUGCUUGAUCGACUACAGAGUAGCCUAGAUGCUUUGGGUAAAGGAGCCACUUUAGUCAAGGAAUGUUUCAUAGACCUCGGUUCCUUUCCUGAAGACCGAAGAAUCCCCGUUGCUGCCCUCAUUGAUAUGUGGGCGGAGUUGCAUGACCUACACUUGGAUUCUUCAUCCAUAGCUUACCUGUAUGAUCUCAGCACCCGCAGUCUAGCGAACCUUAUAGUCAUCAGGAACGCAAAGGAGGAUACAAAUGGCUACUAUAGCCAACAUUUUGUUACCCAGCAUGAUAUACUUAGGAGCCUGGCUAUUCAUCAGACUGGCCAUGACACAAUAGGACAUAGCAAAAGGCUGAUCAUAGACAUUUGUAAAGAUGUUAUUCCUAAUUGGUGGACAGAACAUAAAAGACCCACGAAGACUCGCUUAUUAUCUAUCUCAACUGAUGGGAUGUUUUCAUCAAAAUGGCACAACAUGCAUCUGCCAAAAGCGAAAGUUCUGGUCUUGAAUUUUCAGACAAAGAACUAUGCAUUUCCCAAGUUCAAGAAAACAAUGUCAAAGUCGUUGAAGGUUCUAAUAGUCACAAAUUAUGGUGUCACACCUGCCGAAGUGAGUAACUUUACAUCAUUGGGUUCUUUAUCCGAGCUGAAGAGAAUAAGACUAGAGCGCAUUUUAGUCCCUCCUAUUAUCAAGAACUACAUACAGUUGAAUAGUCUACAAAAGUUAUCUUUGUUCAUGUGUAGCAUCGGCCGAGCUUUUAGCAACGAUUCCCUCAAUUUUUUUGAAGCAUUCCCAGGCCUUGAAGAAAUCAACAUUGACUAUUGCAGUGAUCUGAUGAAAUUACCUGCUGACCUUUGUCUUCUGAAUCAUCUAAGGAAGCUCAGUAUCACCAACAGUCAUAAAUUAUCUGACUUGCCUAAAGAAAUUGGAAAACUGGAGAAUUUAGAACUUUUGAGGUUAAGGUCAUGCGCAGAAUUGUCAGAGUUUCCGGGUUCGGUUAGGAAACUCAAAAAGUUGAAGGUUCUUGACAUAUCCAAUUGCUACAGCAUUAAGGAAUUGCCUGAACAUAUUGGUGAACUGUGCAGCUUAGAAAAGCUCAACAUGAGGCAGUGCUCAAGAUUGCAAGAGUUGCCUGAAUCAAUUCUGGAUCUUGAAAGUUUAACUGAUGUGAUAUGCGAUGAGGAGACAGAACGGCUAUGGGAACCUUACUUGCUCAGUCUCAGAAACAACAUAAAGAUCAGGGUGGUCAAAGAGGAAAUCAGCCUAGAUUGGCUUCAUCAGUAGCUUUACUCUUGAGACUCGAUAGCCUUCAUUUCUCUAUACAUGUAUCAUGUGCGUGUGCUCAUUUUCUUCCCUGUUUCCGUCAUUUGUUUCUUUGUUUUCUUUGCUUGUGUAAAUCAUGUUGUACUCAUGAGAUACUACGGGUGUUUUGAAAUCUGCGGAGAACAAUGUUUGAAUUUUCACCAUUUUUCCAAUGCUACAUGAAGGCUCUACAAGGUUCAUCCU